AUGCAGCGAUUCGGAUCUUUUGCAAGGACCCUGGGCGAAGCCGGCCGGCAUCACGAGCUUGAAGACAGCCAGCUUCCAGAAAACAAAACCCUUUUCCAGUCGUUCGAAUGGUACCUCCCUGCCUCGAUGAGUCACACUGCCCCAAGCCACUACGCUCUCCUCUCAGCCCUGCUGCCCCAUCUAUCUGCUCUUGGUAUCACCCAUAUCUGGCUGCCGCCUGGCUGCAAAGCAACUUCAGUACAGGAUAAUGGCUACGCGGUCUACGAUCUCUGGGACCUAGGCGAGUUCAAUGCUAAGAGCUAUGACAGGAGUACGCGGACUAAAUGGGGCACGAAAAAAGAGUUGGACUCGUUUUGCGCUCUGGCCAAGGAGUUCGGCGUCAGUGUGUUGUGGGACGCGGUGUUGAAUCAUAAAGCCGGUGCAGACGAGAAAGAACCGAGCUGGGGAGUCAAGGUAGAUCCUAAGGACCGGACAAAGCAGCUUUCACAACCAUACGAGCUCGAAACUUGGACCAAGUUCACGUUCCCUGGCCGGGGGAACAAGUACUCUGACAUGAAAUAUGAUUGGCGACACUUUUCUGGCGUCGACUAUGACGCUCGCAACAAGGAGCACGGGGUGUUCAAACUCAUGGGCGAGGGAAAGCGUGGUGAGUGGGCAAGCGAUGUCAGCACAGAACUAGGUAACUACGACUACCUAAUGUUUGCGGACCUCGACCACUCUCAUCCUUCCGUUCGCGCCGACAUUUUGAACUGGGCGUCGUGGAUCUCUGCCACCCUUAACCUAGGGGGAAUGCGGCUCGACGCCAUCAAGCACUACUCUCUUGCUUUCCUCGCAGACUUGGUCUCUCAUCUCGAGACCACCGUGCCGCACGGCAAGGAUCUGUUUCUCGUCGGCGAGUAUUGGGACGCAGACUCGGAGGUGUUGGAAAAGGUAAUUAGCCGGUUCAACGGUCGGCUGCGUCUAUUCGAUGUGCAGUUGGUUUACACUUUCAGCGAUUUUUCAAAGGGCAGAAAGCGGGAUUUACGCACAGUGUUUGACGGAUCCUUGAUCCAAAAAGACCAUCUUCAUGCCGUGACUUUUGUCGCCAACCACGACACGCAGGACACUCAACCACUCGCAGCACCAGUGGAGGAAUGGUUUGUCCCUCUUGCGUAUGCUCUUAUCCUCCUCUGUCGUGACAGUGGGACUCCCUGCGUCUUCUGGGGCGAUGUUUUUGGCGUCCACGGCCCUCGAGCGCGGCUGCCGGCGUGUGGAGGGAAACUCGCCCGUCUGAUUGCGGCCCGGAAACUCUACGCAUAUGGUUCGCAAAGAGACUACUUCGACACCGAGGACUGCAUCGGUUGGACACGAACGGGGCAUAAGUCCAAAUCGCAUGGGGCCGGACUGGCGGUUGUCAUGACCAACAGCUGGGACCGGACUUGCAAACGCAUGUUCGUAGGCCUUCGCCACGCUCGCGAGAGGUGGAGGGACAUUCUCGGCUGGGAGGACCGAGAAGUCGUGAUCGACUCGGCAGGGUUUGGUACAUUUCCGGUUGGCCACCGAUCUGUCGGCGUGUGGACCGAUGAGAAGGCUCCUGAUUUCGACAAGAUCUGUAGAAUGACCUUCCCAAGCUCGGGGCAGGCCGUCCCCCCGAUCACCAAUCUUCCAUGA